AUGAGUUUAGCUACCUUUGUGGACUUCGUCGCCAAGAAGGCCAGGGUGAACUACUCUGACGCUAACGUGGAACGACAAAAAGAAUACGUAGAAGCGUUCGUACACGAUGUCAUUAAAACACUUCAUGAGUUGUACCCUGGUGUUUUUGAUGUACAAAUGGUGAAAUCUGGAAGCUUCUAUAAAGGUUUGAAGAUUAUGAAUCCUGACGAAUUCGAUUUCCUUCUAUUAUGGACACUCUCCGUGGAUACACUUAAAAAGAUCGGCACGAAAGACACUCGUGACAUCCAUGGUACAAAGAGUGGACAAGUAACCUUGAAAACCGAUGCUUUGAUUGCGAUUUUUCAAGAACUUCACACUGAACUCGGUGAUGAACUAUCACAAGAACUUCCAGUGAUCGAUCCCGUGACCGGUUCGAUUAGUAUUUACGUCUAUGUUGUUUUCCAGAAGGCUGUGAUGAGAUGUCUUGAAUACAUGAACGGGAAAGAUGAUUAUGAGAAGUUUUCAGUAGACACAACAGGUCCUUCUGUUACAGUUACAUUACUUAAGGCCCCCGUCUGUCCCACUGAGGUCGAUCUGUGCCUGUGUGUACAUCAUAAACACACUGAGAAUGGACGACUGAUCCUGGUGCCUGUUGACCCUAUUCGUAAAGACCAUUGUUCGAAUUGUGACUUUUCUGAUUCAGCGUUUCAUUGGACAGUGUCAAUUUGUGAGAAACCAGCUAAUAAGCAAGGACUUGACGAUGCCCAUAGACAGAUUGUUUUCGUGUUGAAGUACUUGAUGACGGAGGUGUUCUCCCCGAGGUCGGAUACCUACAUGCUGACAACUGCAGUGAAACGUCACUAUGAAAAAUGUCUAAAUGAGCAAUCUUACGAACCCAGUAAGAUUGGAAAGUGCUUCAGAGAAAUUGUUGCUAACCUACAUCGUAUAUAUGACACUAAGUAUGCGUGGGAUAAUGCAGACUCUGUAAAGGAUGACAGAGGUACCAAACUACCAGAUGUUGAUUUCCCGAUGGUUGAUACUGCUGGUCGAAUUGACAUGGCAGGCUGUCGGAACAUGCUCAGAUUGAGACUACUUUCUGAUAGUGUAGCGUCUCAUCCUCAAUGGAGACAGGAGUGGAUACCAUGGAUAAAAGACAUUAGGGAGCAAUUCAAAUCUCAUAA